AUGCAGUAAAUCAACUAGAUAGCAGAUCAUCUCUAUUUAAUUCAACAAGGCAACAAUUCUUACAUCCACCGUCGAGUAGGAGCAUCUGAUGUAAAGUUUUAUUAUAAGUUCACUAGACCGUAGUCAUUAAAUCUGUGUUUCAUGGACAACUUUUCAUUGAAGAUGACAGUACUUGUAAUACUGUUCAUUAAAGAGAAUGUUAAGAUCUAUAAAAUGAAUGGAAAAUAUUGAGUUAACUCAAUCAUCCAAACAUAAUUAAACCAUAAUAAUUCAUCCCUCAUCAUCAAUUAGAUCCUGCAGGAGGGAACCUAUAAUGUUGUAGUCUAUUCCUUGAAAAUGCCACCUGUGAUCUCCAUACGCUUUGUAAAACAAAUGAAACAUCACUCAAAAUUAUAAUCAAGUACUUUACUUAAAUUUCUAUUGCUCUUGAAUAUUUACAUUCCUAAUAUAUAGCACACAACGAUAUCAAGCUUGAAAACAUGCUUGUUGUUAGUAGAAACUGUGUCAAGUUGGCAGAUUUUGGCUUCAGCUACAGACCUUCAUUUGAAGAUCUCCUUACAAAAUGGUUACCCAGAACUCUUACUCCUUAUUCAAGUCCAGAGAUUGUCAAUUUUAGACUUAAUCUUGAAGAUGGAGAAUUUCAAGAAUUUUGCUUGUUUGGUGCAGAUGUUUAUGCCUUAACAACAGCCCUAUUUCUUGCUAUUUACAAAAGACCUCCAAUUAUGGGAUAGUUUCCCACUAAGGAUGAUCAAUAUUAUUAACUAUUAAUAAAUCAGCCUGAUCUAUUUUGGCAACUUGACUUUAUUUAGAAAGUAGAUUAGUAAUUAAUAAGAGAAAAUACACCAAAAGAAUUACUAGAGAAUUUAAAAGAUUUAAUAGAAGGGGGACUGGCAGAAGAAUAUAAUAGAAUUACUGCUACUGAAUUUGUCAAUCAUGAAUUCUUUAAAUAUGCUCAAUAAAUUCAGGGAAACUAAUUUUGA